CUUCAUUUGCAUACAAGCUCUAUAAGUACCGCACAACCAGCCGCGAUGUAACAGUCCGUAGUUGCCUCGUCCAUCUUACGGUGAGUCUCUGAACGCGGAGGAAAAUGCCGGAUCCAGCCAAGUCUGCUCCUGCUCCAAAGAAGGGCUCGAAGAAAGCUGUCACGAAAGUCCAGAAGAAAGAUGGCAAGAAGCGCAAGCGCAGCCGUAAGGAGAGCUACUCUGUCUACGUGUACAAGGUGCUGAAGCAAGUGCACCCGGACACCGGCAUCUCAUCUAAGGCCAUGGGUAUCAUGAAUUCUUUCGUGAACGACAUCUUCGAGCGCAUCGCAGGUGAGGCCUCCCGUCUGGCGCAUUACAACAAGCGCUCGACCAUCACUUCCCGGGAGAUACAGACGGCUGUGCGUCUGCUGCUGCCCGGGGAGUUGGCUAAACAUGCUGUGUCGGAAGGCACCAAGGCUGUGACCAAGUACACCAGCUCCAAGUGAGGUGCAGCAAAGACGUGAUUGAUCGGCUUUACCCAAAAGGCUCUUUUCAGAGCCACUUUAGUUCUCGAAGAAAGGGCUGUAAUCACUAAGGGCCUGUGCGGUCUAGCAGGUAAGGUCCGGCCGUGAGUCUAACCCUGCAACACUGCAAUAUCGAGUGUUUCAAAGUGUAAGGUGAGGUGGAGGUUGUCUCAUCACGUAUCAGAUUGAGGUGAGAUAAAAUUUAUGGCCGGGGAACUAUCUUCCCAUUAGACUGUUCAAGCCUACCCCAAGUUAAUCCCGGCAUCUCCUGUGAUUGAUUCCAAGCAGGGACUAGUGUCUCACUGCCCUAGGCACCCAGGAUUGUGCUCUACCUAGAUCAUAUGGGCCAACUAUUGUCAUCAGACAGAAGUAUCCCAAGUGAUACUCAGUAGGGUCAUCUUCAGAAACUCCCGCUUGCUGCCUAGCUACAACCGCUUUCAGU